AUGUACUGGUUCUUCUUCUUCCUUCUACUUCUGGUGGCGGCGCCCGGAUCAGUCGCCGGUGGAGAACUUGUAAGGCGUCUACCAGGUUUUGACGGCGAUCUUCCCUUCAAGCUCGAAACAGGAUACAUUAACGUGGAUGAUUCAGUGGAAAUGUUUUAUUACUUUGUGGAAUCAGAAGGAAACCCUAACAAGGAUCCCCUCUUCUUAUGGCUCACCGGUGGCCCUGGCUGCAGUGCUUUUUCUGGCCUCAUCUAUGAAGCUGGUCCUUUGGAGUAUAAUUUUGAAGGGUUUGGUGGUGGCUUACCAAAAUUGAGAUACUACCCUUAUGGACGAACAAAGAUAUCUAGCAUUAUAUUUCUCGACGAACCAGUAGGCACCGGUUUCUCGUAUUCAACAACAAAAGAAGGUUGGCAAUCAUCAGACUCCAUUUCAGCUGAUCAAUCUUAUAAGUUUCUCCUUAAGUGGCUGGAUCAACACCCGCAAUAUGCUUCUCUCCCGGUGUUUGUGGGUGGUGAUUCGUAUGCUGGUCUAAUUGUUCCACUUGUUGUUAAAAAGAUAGUAGAUGGCAAUGAAAACGGGAUGCAUUCAUUUACCAUCGAUCUGAAAGGUUACUUGGCGGGAAGCCCUUUGACGGAUUGGUUCAUCGACUUGAACUCCAAGGUACCUAUGGCUCAUAGGAUGGGAAUUGUCACAGAUGAGCUCUACGAGGUACCUAAAUAUACUUACUUAAUAAAAUGA